AUGGCCUAUAACGCUCUUGCGCAGGUCGAGGUGGCCUCUGACUCUGAGUCGGAUCGUUCACGCAAUCCGUCACCCUCCGGUUUUCCACGGACUAUCGACCGAGGAAGUCGCCUAGAACACGCUAGAACUGCCGAGCCCUCCCAGUUGGGCGCUAUUUACCGAUCCAUGACUUCCUCCAACUACGAAGUUGUCGAGGCAGAUGACUACGACGCCGAUCCUUCCCCCAAACAUCCCCCCAUUCCUCCACUUAAUACGGCGAUCGCGCGACAUUCCUCUCCCGAUCCUCCCUUACGGAGUGCCUCCAGCGACAUCCCUAUUCCUCUCAGUCACCCGACCCCAGAUCUGCAAUCACUACAAGGCGCCUAUGUGGGCAAUGUAGAGCGACUAGAACAAAGUGCAGAGCGUUUGAGUUCCAGUACGGCCGACAUUGCCAGCGAAAUUCGCAAGUUGGACCUGGAGCAAAAGCGACGAUCCUACAGCUCGGCUUCCAAUUCCAUAAUCAUGAGGAAUGGUGCAUUCUCCCCGGGCGCAAGCCUUACCAGAUCCCCUCAUGGCUCGACCCGAUCGCGAUCUACACGCCAGCGCUCCUUCUCCAAUGGAUCUUGCCUGGCGCAGGUGGCGGAGCCUGACCAUGACGACGGUCACUUCCUAGAUCAAUUCACCACGACCCUACCGAUCGCCCCACAAUACCCCCUUCAUACCCAGAGCACCGGGCGCUUCUACGGUCAAUAUGACGGCCCAGCGAUGACUCCUGUGGCUGCGGAAGAGAUUGAGCGACCCGACACGGCCGCAUCGGGAGAUACCUUCCAACAAGCGCGGACACUGUUUAACGAUUUUGAUGGCGUUCACUUCGCACCCCUGGAUCUCGCCGAUCCCGGACGUCAGAUGUCAAUAAGCCAACCGCCCCUGGCCAGCAAGCCGGAACCGUACAAGGAGGCCCAGGCUGGUCAGAAUAUGGUUUACUAUCCCGCACCGGUCCCGCGCAUGCUGAAUCUGCCUCCCAAAUUGUCGCGCAGACCACCGGUCGCUGAGCGUGAGAAACGUCGUAUGCAGAUCUUGACUGCUAUCGCGGCUGAGGACAGGAAAGCGGAAUUCGGCGAGGAGGGAGCGGCCGAGGGCCAGAAAGACAAACGGCAAACAAAAUUGCCCCAACAACUUCGAGCAAGCGUCUUCUUCAAUCCGCCCAGUACCACGCUCGAGCUGGACGUUAAACAGGAUUCGGCGGUUGCGACACUCGAUAGCAUCCUCGACGCUUCGGCGCAUGCGCCUGUGUCGGCUUUCACAGAUCAUCCGUACGCGGGUCACGUUGGAUCGCACGUCUAUGGACAGGAGCGGAAGACUCUACGAAAGCAAAAGUCAGAUCGAAACUCCCAGUUUCCAAUGGGGCAACAGCAGAGCACCAACCGAGAGAGUGCGUUGGAUGGCUCAGCCCACUCCGAUAGCGGAUUGCAGCAGGACGAAUCGGAGGGAGUUAAUCAUCAGAAUGACUCCGAGGGCUCAGAUGAAUCAGAGGAUGAAAAUGAAGAUGAUGAGCAUUCAACGGAGAGUGACGAUGAUGAGGAGUCAGACUACGUGGGACCCCCCAACACCUUACUAGCGGAACUGGAGCUGCGGAAGCAAGAGCUUGCACUGCGGAGACGUACAGUAGUCCCUCAGUAUACGCCUGGUAUGCAGAACACCCUGUUGGAGUUGGAUGCGAUGGCCCAGAAACAGAGCGAGAAAAGAAGACGCCGCCCAAUAACUUUAGCCUGGGAUAAUCGCCAUGCUACUGAUGAUGAUGAUGUUCCUCUCGCAAUGUUAUAUCCCGACCAGUUUAUGCCGUUGAGAAGCCGCAAUCUGCACAGGCGCCCGCCACAGAGGACGAUGCAGGAGAAGACGGUGAGACCCUAG